AUGAGCACAUUGAGUGAAGGUCCAGUGGCACGUCUUCUCUGGGACAAGUUGUCGACGGCGUUUCAGCCAAAACAUCUCGAGGUAGAAUGCGAAAGUCAUCUGCAUAACGUGCCAAAAGGAGCCGAAAUGCACUUCCGAGUGCAAGUCGUCAGCGAUGCUUUUGAGGGAAAACGUGUCAUUGAGCGGCACCGUCUAGUGAACACGUGUCUUGCCGAAGAGCUCGCCACCACCGUGCAUGCCCUUCGAAUCGAUGCGAUUCCAACGAGCAAAUGGGAUGGACAGAAGCAGGAAGACAGUCCAACAUGCCGCGGUGGAUUCGGGAAAUGA